AUGACCUUCGCAGGCUUCGCUCUGUACACUCUGGUUUUUCUCGCGUCUUUAUUUCUAUAUGUUCGAUUCAACGACAGAACCCUUCGAGUUAUACCCAAUCGCGCUCUAGAAUUCUCGCCCGAGCGAUGCACUUCAAAAAAUGUACUUUCGACAUCCGCACGUUUACAACGUGGUCCUGCAAUUAGUGUGGACGAUCAGAUCCCACCAAAGACAGGGAGAAGAUAUAUAGUAACGGGUGGAGCUGGUUUCCUUGGAGGUUGGAUUGUUUUUCAUUUGAUUAGAAGAGGAGAGGACCCUAGGAACAUCAGAGUGCUCGACAUUCGCCCACCGACACGCAAAGACCUUAGAGCCGGAAUCGGUAAAGGUGUGGACUAUCGAAUAGUCGAUGUUUCCAACGCAGACGCGGUACGAGAGGCAUUCGAAGCAAGUUGGCCCAAUGGACCCGAAUCUCCGAUUACGGUCUUUCACACUGCAGCUAACAUCAGAUUUUACGAACGAGACGCCUCCCUCGUCUCAGCUUCUACUAGGGUUAACGUCGUCGGGACAAUGAAUGUGCUCAAUUCGGCUCGAGCCAUUGGCGCCUCUAUCCUCAUAUCCACGUCUUCGGCUUCACUAGGGGGACGCACAACCAACCUAUUUCUCCGUCCCUGGCAGAAAGAGCCCGAGUUCUUUGUUCAAGUGAUCAAUGACGACGACACCCUUCUACCCAAGCGUCACCAGGAUUUCUUCUCGAAUUACGCGUUCACGAAACGAGAGGGCGAGAAAUUAGUCCGGGCUGCGGAUCGCUCGCCCUCUGGCAACGGUAUCAUCCGAACGGGAUGUAUCCGACCUGGCAAUGGUGUAUUUGGACCGGGAGGUGAUAUGCUCUUUGGGGCUUAUCUCGUACGACGAGUAAAUCCUACUUGGAUAUCCCAUGUCAUACAGAAUGCCGUCUAUGUCGAAAAUUGUGUUCUCGCACACUUACUGUAUGAGCGCCGUCUGCUUGACCUCAAAGAUAAUAGCACGACAAAUCCCGACAUUGGCGGUGACGCGUUCUGCAUUACUGAUCCAGGUCCUCCGCCUACUUAUGGCGAUGUAUACACCACUCUAUCGACACUCACUGAUGGGGAGACGGCUUUCCCAGAACUCUCCCUAACGGGUUUGUUGAUAUUCUCCUACUUGAUUGAAUUUUACUAUCUCCUCCGCAACCGGCUCCUAUCAUCUUCGUUGUGGCCGUUUCUCAAAUUUCUUUUGCCGCCUAUCAAUGGAGACCUUGUGAACCUCCAACCAUCCUUAUUCCAUUUCGUCUCCGUCCACCUCAUCUUUGACGAUUCGCGUGCCCGACUUCCCCCAGAGAAAGGUGGUCUGGGGUACAAAGGAGCCUGGACGACGAUCGAGGGCUUGCACGAACUAGUCAAGCAUCACAAGUCAGGUUCAAACCGCUCUGAACAAAGGUCUGAUAUGGCAGGUGUGAGUUUUGGAUUUGGGUUGUUCAAAGCUCAGCGUGGAGUGGCGAAGGUGGGGGAGAAGGUCAAACAAGAAAUUGGAAUCGAUCCAGUCACAACGCUAGGUACAGCAACGAAGUGA